GUUUUACCCCGCGUUCUUUUAUCCUUUAUCAGAUAAGCAUCUUGAUUUCCCCCAACAGCUGCCACCUUUUCCUUCCAUCUGUCAAGAUAGAACGAGCAAAAUUCAUUCCCAUCUACCAUCAUCCAAGCAAACCAGACAGCAACAUGGCGCCCCCGACCUCAACCGAAACCGCACCCCCCAUCACUCUCCAAGCCCGUCAAUCCACCCAGGAAGCCGGCGCUGGUAAAGCCAAAGUGAAAAUGAACAUCCCCAAACCGCCCGUAUUCGAAGACAAGAUGAAAGAGCGUGAAUAUCUCAAAGGUCGACUCGCAGCGGCGUUCCGGAUCUUCGGAAAGAACGGAUACGAUGAGGGAGUGGCCGGCCACAUCACCCUUCGCGACCCCGUCGACCCAAGCACUUUCUGGGUCAAUCCAUUCGGCGUCGCCUUCUCUCAGAUUAAAGCCUCUGACUUGAUCCUGGUCAACCAUGCCGGGGAGGUCAUCGACGGCGGUCCAUGCCGAUUACUCAACGCCGCCGCGUUCAUGAUCCACUCGGCCAUCCAUGCCGCUCGACCGGACGUCAACUGCGCAGCACACAGUCACAGUCUGCACGGUCGCGCGUUUUGCAGUCUUGGUCGGCCAUUGGAUAUUAUUACUCAGGAUGCGUGUGCCUUUUACAAUGAUCACGUCGUCUACAAGCAAUUCAACGGUAUCGUCCUCGCCGAGGAAGAAGGAAAGAAUAUCGCCGCAGCCCUGGGCGAUAAGAAGGCGGCUCUGUUACAGAAUCAUGGUCUCUUGACGGUCGGCAAUACUAUCGAGGAGACCGUAUUUUGGUUCGUGAGCUUGGAGAAGUGCUGCUAUGCACAGUUACUGGCUGAUGCGGCGGCGGCUGGACGAGGAGGACAGACCAUUAAGGUGGAUGACGCCGAUGCGGCCUUCACAUAUAAAUCCGUGGGUACGCCUUUGGCGGGUUAUUUCAGCGCGAAACCGCUGUUUGAUGUUAUUCAUGAAGAGACUAAGGGGAGUUAUUUGAAUUAGUUGGGUUGUUUAUACUAUCUAAAAUCUUUUAAUGAAUGUUUUUUUUCUUUUCUGUUCGAAGUGCUGUCUAACUCCUGCUGG